ACCCUAAACUUUUUGGUAUUGUGAUUUAUAAAACGUACACUAUACGAAAUUAAUUAAAGAAAUUACUUCAAGAAUGUCCAAACAGUAUGGUCUGAUUCUGCCGAACAAAAACAAGGGCCACCAAAUAGCCCCAGUCACAUCAAAUAAACCUUCGAUCUUCAACGACGAUUCGGAUUCUGACACACCAGGGCUAAAGCCUACUGGUGUUACAAAGACUGUUAAGAAACAAGACAAGUUGAAUCAGAACAAGGCAGUCGAAGAAGACCCCACGGUUUACCAGUACGAUGAAAUUUACGAUGAAAUGGACCAAAAAAGGAAAGAAUCGAAAUUGUCUCGAAAAGAUCUAGAUAAGAAACCUAAGUAUAUUAGUCGACUCCUAGCAGCAGCCGAUAAAAGAAAACGAGAGAAUGAACGGCGAAUAGAGAGGCAAGUGCAAAAGGAACGGGAGGAAGAAGGUGAACAAUUCAAAGACAAAGAAUCAUUCGUUACGUCGGCAUACAAAAAGAAGCUGGAAGAGAUGCGCGAGCAGGAGGAACUAGAAAAACGGGAAGAAUACCUUGAAAGUAUAGGAGAUGUUCGAAAGCAAGGAAAUCUAGAUGGUUUUUAUAGGCACUUAUACGAUCAGAAAGUAAAUUAUGAAGACAGAACAAAUGAAACUGUAGUGAAAAAAGAGGUUAAGGAUGAACCUAAAAGUGGUAGUGACAGUGAUAAGGAAGAAGGAAGUCCUAAAAGAAGGAGAUCAUCUGGAAGCCAAUCCGAUUCUGAGAGUAAAAUAAAACCCAAGAAAACGGCCAAGAAACGCAAAUAUAGAACACGAAGGGACUCGGCCGACGAUAAAAGUGAUGAGGAAGUGGAAGUGAAGAAAGAACAUUUACCGUCAAAUUUGGAUGCUGACUCAGACUUCAGCAUAGACUCCUCAGAUAGUGAAGAUGAAAAGAAAGAAGAUAAAUCGAAGGAAGACGAUAGUACUGUAAAAGAUACAACCGAACAAAAAGAAAAUGGAGAAGAUCCCCCCGCCACAGAUGAUGUUAAGGUUGAAGCUAAGGAUGUCGAUGGUGAGAAAGAAGAAACAGAAGAGAAGGCGGUGGAGGUAAAACCGAAAAAGCCAAAAGUUGAUAUUUGGAAAAAGCGGACAGUCGGCGAAAAGUUUGAUGAGGCCGUGAAAAGGUAUUUUGAAAGAAAAGCGGCAAGAGAAACAGGAUUGUGAAUGUUAAAAUUUUAUAUUGAUAAUUUUUUUUUGUUCUACUGGCAGAUAAAAAAAUAUUAAAUGUACAGAGCCUUGU